UCGUUCCGGAGUGGUAAACCAUGCACGCUCUCUUGCGAAUUGGGUGUGAUUGCUUGUGUUUUUUUGGUUGGGGGAGCUCCGAGGGAGGAUUUUGAAGGAGGUGGGCGGGUUUGUUGACCUUGUUCCAAGCGCAAGGGGGAUGCUCUUCUCUUUUAAGUUGCAGUGCAGUUCCGGUGGUGUCUUUAUCUCAACGUCAAGCGCGUGAGUCGUGAUUGCAUUGAUAACGUUGAUAAACCCCCCGCUGUACAGUGAUGAUUUCUGCAACCGUAUCAACUGGAAACCAGUACUUGCCAGGCCACCCUGCUUUUUGGCAGAAUCUCCUUGUCAGACCUUGCUAAUCAAUGUUGGUAUUCCUUUGAUCAAUGGCUCUUCAUCAGAAGAAUCUUUACACAUGCAUUGUUUUUCACGCAUGGAGAUUCAUCAUCUCCUGAAGCAGCAGAUCAAGCGAAGGGAUUGGUAUGGGUGUUGCAACAAACGUCUGAGCAAGCAUCAACUUUAUCUCUUUCAUGGUCAGCUUUGAAAUGGAUAUUUGAACUCUCUCUCUUUCUCUCUCUCCUGUGUCUGGCAGCCGCCAAUCAAGCAGUGAUAAACACUUAAAGAGCAUUUCUUCUUUUGUUUUUGCUUUUUUGGAAGUUCGAAGAGAUUUUCAUAAUGGGUGGCCAGAUGUUUGAAGUUGGGAGUAAGCUUGGAUCCCUUCGUCAAGUGACCUUGUCACUGGAUGGUCUUUGGAUGCUCGUAGACAAAGACAAAAUGCUGGCUACAGCAUUCUUGGUCGGAUUCUUGGCCUGGGCGGCUAUGAUUUUGGGAAAAUUUAUCCUUGAAGGGAUCCAGCGGAGAAAUCUGCCUCCUGGGCCUUGGGCUUGGCCAAUAGUUGGAAGUUUGUUCAGCCUUGGCCCCCUCCCGUAUAAAACUCUCCGCGUAUUGGCUAAAAAGCACGGGGAGCUCAUGUAUCUGCGCUUAGGAUCCAUCCAAUCAGUUGUAGUUUCCUCGGCAAGCAUGGCAAAAGAAGUCGUGACUAACCACGACCUCCAAUUUGCCUACCGCCCCACAAAGCUCUUCGGCAAGCUAUUAUUCAAUAGCAAGGACAUUGUGCAUGCUUCGAAUGGACCUGCUUGGCGCCAUCUCCGCAUGAUAUGUACCUCUCAAUUUUUCACUAAGAAGCGUUUAGCGUCGUACGAAGCAACGAGAACAUUCGAAAUCCACACACUAAUGAAAGACAUCUUACGUAAGUCGUCGAGUGAAGACUGCGUCGUGAACCUACCAUUUCAGCUCCGAAACACGUCUACCAACUUCAUUUCACAAAUGGUGUUCAAUAAACGGUUAUUUGUCGAAGGGGAAGAGAGUAACGUAGAAGAUGCUAAACGAUACCAAAAGAUUCUCAAAAUUCACUUUUCCUCCUACGCUAUCUUUGUCGUCAGCGACUACAUACCGUGUCUGAGAUUUAUCACAAAAUUACAAGGGAUCAGAGGUAAAUUUCAGCAAAUUGCGGACAAGAUCCACAAGAAGAUGGAUGAGAUUAUCGACAUCAACGGACACGAGCGGCGCCGUAUUGAUGCAAAUCACAAACAAGACGCAGACCGCAAGAAAGACUUCGUUGAUCUACUCUUGGAAACGACAUCUCACGACGGCAAGGGCACGUUAGACCAUGAAACCGUUCGAGGAGUCGUGAUGGAUAUGUUAUUCGCGGGAGCAGAGACGCAAUCGAGCACAUUGGAAUGGGCUAUGGCGUUCUUGAUACGUAACCCGGGAGUGAUGAAACAAGUACAAGCGGAACUUGACGGUGUGGUGGGUACUGAACGAGUUGUCCAAGAAUCAGACUUGGAAAAAUUGCCAUACCUGGAAGCUGUGGUGAAGGAGGUGAUGCGUGUGAAACCUGGUGCUCCUAUUGGCAUCAACCAUGAGUCACGCGAACCACGUCAAGUCGCAGGACACUACCUGCCCGCAAAAACUCGCUUAAUUUUCAACAUCCAUGCUAUCCAUCGAGACCCAUCUGUUUAUGAUCGGCCCGACGAAUUCGAUCCAACCAGAUUCUUGAGUCCCGGUAAAGGGAAUGUGCCAACCGGCCAGGAGUUGUUCCAGCUCAUGCCCUACGGCGCAGGCCGACGCAUUUGCCCUGGGAUGCCUCUUGCCAUUGUGAACAUUCCUCAUGUUCUUGCUCACCUCGUGCACAGCUUCGACUGGUCUCUGCCAGCCGGUCAGGACCAUCGCGAAUUGGACAUGACGGAGAAAUUCGACGGUGUCACUAGCCCUCGGCUACAUCCUCUUCACCUCAUUCCACAUCCCAGAAAACCAGCUUUCCUCUAUAAGUGAUUUAAAAAGGUCAACAGAGAAUCAGACUGCUAAACCCAGUUGUGUGCAAAGUUGAACAGUUGUGUGCAAAGUUGAACAAUCUAGAGCUCUCCCAGUUACACUGGUUUGAUUUGAUGGCGUAGGUGUCUACUCAUUUACCAAUCACGGGGAUGACUAUCUAAAAUGACACGUGAAUACUUCCACUAUACUCCAUCACGAGCUACAGUUACCCUGAACCGCACUCGAAAAUUCCGUAUCCCUUGAAUGCAUUCGAAUCAAAGAAAACUUGGUACCA